UUUACUGACAUUGGCAUGUUUUCGAAUGUGUAUAUCUAUUAUUGAUUUUGAUUGUAUUGAGUUUUUAGAAAUCUGAUUGCACAUAUCUAUAAAAUAUAAAUUAUUAUAAAUAUACCGAUUUGUAUACGUAUACGUAAUGUCAUCUCCGGUUAAAUGUGUAUAUUCAAGUUCUGCAUGUAACAGGUCUCCAAAUAUUUUAGAUUGGAGUAAAAAUAAUAUUAUAUGUUAUGGCUCUUGUAAUGGAAUUGAGCUGUAUAAAUAUGAGAAGGGUACUGGCGGAUCACAUCUGCAAACUUUAGUUGGCCAUAAGAAGAUCGUAACAUCAGUUCAUUGGAUUAAAAAAUGUGAUGAUUCAUUCGAAAAUGAACUUAUAUCUACUUCUGCUGACAGUUCAGCUGUAAUAUGGACAUCAGAUGGCUUGGAAUUUUCUUUGUCAUCAUCUUUGACUGGACAUAGCAAUGUGGUAAGAAAUGCUACAGGAAUAUAUCUUUCUGAGUGUGCAAAUAGUGAUUUAUUGAUAGCAACAGUUUCGAUGGAUUCAUCUCUUAAAUUAUGGACUCGACAACAUAGUACUGUCACAUGUACGCAGACCAUUUCAUUCAAUAAUGGUUUUGGUCUUGAUGUGAAAUUUGCUGUAUUAAAAAAUGCCAGUGACUUGAUUAUGUUAGUGGGUGCUGAUGAUGCCAAAAUUCACAUCUUUGUCCAGAAUAAUCUUGGGCAGUUCACAGCAGCUGCUAAAUUAGAUGGUCAUGCGGACUGGAUCCAGAGUUUAGAUAUUGCAAAAGACCCUAAUGAUACCAAUGCUGCGAUGCUGACUUCUGCCUCUCAAGAUUACCAUGUGCGUAUCUGGAAAAUUUCUACUAUAUUAUCAGAAAUUCCAGAACAAGAUUUGGAAGCUUCAAGGCUCCUAAAAACUGAUGAAAUUCUAUUUGCUGGUGAUACAGGUCAAACUUAUUGUGUGACUUUAGAAUCCAUUUUGCCACAUGAAAAUUGGGUUUAUUCUGCAAGAUGGGUGUAUAAUAAAAGUGUGUCUGACAUUGGAGAAGAAAAUGUGUCACUUUUGCUUCUCACGGCCUCUAUGGAUAAAACCAUGAUUAUUUGGGAAGCCAAUACUUCUACAUCUCUUUGGAUGGAAAAAGUUUGUGUUGGAGAAGUGGGUGGAAAUACCUUGGGCUUCUAUGGUGGAGUUUUCUCUCCCUGCGGAGAAAUCAUUGUCGGUCAUGGCUUUCAAGGAGCUAUCCAUAUCUGGGAGUUUCAUAAAGAAGAAGGCUCCUGGCAACCAGGUUUACCAUUUGGUGGUCAUUAUUCUUCAGUUCAAGAUAUUGAUUGGGAUCCUGAUGGAGAGUACUUAUUGAGCUGCAGCUAUGAUCAAACCACUCGUUUGCAUGCUCCUUACAUAAAUAAUAAAAAGAUCUACUGGCAUGAAAUUUCACGACCUCAAAUUCAUGGAUAUGAUAUGGUUUGUUUAAGUGUGUUAGAUAGAUUUAAAUUUGUCUCCGGUGGUGAUGAAAAAGUUCUUCGUGUUUUUGAAGCUCCUCGAAAUUUUGCAGAAACAUUAGAAAAGAUAGCAAAAGUAGACACAUCUGUUUACUUGAAAAAUAAGCUGGCAGAGGGAGCCACUGUUCCUUCACUUGGACUGUCAAACAAAGCCGUUUUUCAACAGGAUUUAGAAAAAACCAAUCCAUGUGACCAAGAGGAUUCAAAUCGAAACUUUAAAGAUUUAUAUCCUGAUGUUUAUUACACACCCACCCAUUUAACAGCCCCUCCAACUGAAGAAACACUUUUGCAGAAUACAUUGUGGCCUGAAGUGCAAAAGUUAUAUGGACAUCCAUAUGAAGUAUUUACUGUUACUUCAAAUCAUUCUAAAACAUUGAUUGCUUCAGCUUGUAAGGCCUCAAAAGUUGAACAUGCUGGAAUCAUCUUAUGGAGCACAUCCACUUGGAGACAAGUAGCAACUUUAUUGUUCCAUAAUUUGACUGUCACUCAAAUGGAAUUUUCUCCAGAUGAUGAAUAUCUUUUGUCAGUUUCAAGAGAUAGAAUGUGGGCUGUCUAUCGCCAUUUUCCUCAUGAAUCACCACCAUACAGAAAAAUAGCAAGUCUGGAUAAAAAAAGUGUACAUUCAAGAAUUAUUUGGAGUUGCUCAUGGAGUUUUGAUAACUUGUACUUUGUUACUGCUUCACGAGAUAAAAAGGUUGCAAUAUGGGAGAAAAACAACAGUUCAGACGGAAUAUCUAUCUCUCUAUGUCUACAACCUUUAGAAGUUGAAGAUUCUGCAACUGCUGUAACAUUUGCUCCAUGUUUUACAGUUAACAAUAAGUAUUUAAUAGCUAUAGGACUGGAGAAUGGUUGUAUAGUUUUAACUAGCUGGAAUAGUAUUGAAGGGUGGAGCAUCUUUCGGAGAUUGCAACAAAAUAUUGCUCAUCAUUUAACCGUUAACAGACUAAAAUUUUCUCCUACUAAAGGAGAGGCUGGAUUGAAGGAAAGGAGGUCUAAUUUUUUGCAGUUAGCAAGCUGCAGUACUGAUCAUCAUGUAAAAAUUUACAGUAUUUUUAUUAAUUCUGUAUCAUAAACUUAGAUGCCCAUAUAUAUUUAUUUAUACAAAUUUUAUUGUUUGAAUAAAUUUUUUAAUACAUUUGAA